UGAUCCUUUUAAUGUAAAACAAAAUUUUAUAAAGAUAAUUUUAUUCAAAAAUGUUUGGGAUCCCUUUUUUUAGGAAUUUCAUGACCCCGAAUUUAAUCUUGGCCCUUGAUGUAUGUGUGGACCUCACAUUAUGAGUGGUUGAGAUGAGAGUAGGGAUCGUAGGGGUUAUAUGUUUGUGAAGUCUCAAUAACAAUUGAAUUUUGUUUACAAAAUUGACAUUGCCACCUCAUGAGCUGUUUCCACACAAUUUCACUGCCAACAACUCUUCAAUUAUGCCGAGGAAAGGAAAUUACAGUGAACUUCCUCAUAAAACUAACGCUCCGCGUUCCAGGUCUAUCACAGCAAGCUACCUCAGUCCCAAGUUUCCGUUACUAUACUAUAAAAUCAUCUCUACAGCUUAGAUUAUAGUUUCAUAGCUUCUUCUUCUUCUUCAUCAACCAUGCCUCUGCAAUCUCGAAAAUCCAGCGAUACCAUCAUGUUUCUCGACAAAGCUCACUCAGUUCAAAAAACCAACAAGCGAUUGCGAAAGACCUUCAGAGUCAUCUAUUUUGUUGUUUCUUUGGCCAAGAAAGUCAUUGCCAAUGGAAAGAACACCCAAUUCCUUCCGAGGUUCUCGCCCAGCCCAUCUUACGUUGCAAUUGAUAUUCAAGCCAUUGAUGAUGUUGAUGACAAUCACGAUCACGUAUGCUUAUUUGAUAUUGAUCAGAAAGCACUCUCCGAGAUGGUGAGAGAGAAGAACUUUAACAGUCUCUGUCAAUAUGGAGGGGUAAAAGAGGUUGCGGCAAUUCUUGAAACCGACAUGAAUGUUGGUAUCACUGCCAAGGAGAGUGAUAUUAAGCACAGAAUCGAUGUGUUUGGUUCGAACACGUACGAGAAACCACCAGCAAAGAGCUUUCUCAGUUUUGUCUUUGAAGCAUUCAAAGACACCACCAUCAUUAUACUUCUGGUAUGUGCGGUGUUCUCUCUCGGGUUCGGAAUCAAACAGCACGGUCCCACAGAAGGGUGGUACGAUGGGGGGAGCAUUAUCGUUGCUGUCAUUCUAGUCGUGGUGGUUUCUGCCAUCAGUAACUUCAAGCAGAGCAGACAGUUUGACAAGCUUUCCGAUGAGAGCAGUAACCUGAUGAAAGUGGGAGUGGUGAGAAAAGGCCACAGACAACCCAUAUCGAUUUUUGAAGUCGUAGUGGGUGACAUUGUGUGUCUAAAGAUUGGUGAUCAAGUUCCGGCAGACGGGUUGUUCUUGGAUGGACACUCAUUGAAAGUGGAUGAAUCAAGCAUGACAGGGGAGAGUGAUUACGUCGAAGUAAAUGAAACCGAUAAUCCAUUCUUGCUCUCCGGUACCAAGGUGACAGAUGGGUACGGUCACAUGCUUGUUACUUCGGUAGGCUUGAAUACAGCAUGGGGUGUAAUGAUGAGCUCGAUAAGCCGUGACUCAGAUGAGCAAACACCAUUACAAGCUCGGCUUAACAAACUGACAUCUUAUAUCGGAAAGGUCGGUUUACUGGUGGCUUUCCUUGUUCUCGUAGUUUUGCUCAUCCGGUACUUCACAGGAAACACUGAAGAUAAGCACGGGAACCAAGAAUUCAACUACGGCAAGACUAAAGCGAAUGAUGUCAUGAAUGCCGUUGUGCGGAUUGUUGCUGCGGCAGUUACGAUUGUUGUGGUGGCGAUCCCAGAAGGUUUGCCUUUGGCUGUGACUCUAACUUUGGCUUAUUCAAUGAAGAGGAUGAUGGUUGAGAAUUCCAUGGUUCGGAAACUCUCUGCUUGCGAGACAAUGGGUUCGGCCACCACUAUCUGCACAGACAAAACCGGCACACUUACAUUAAACCAGAUGAAGGUAACAGAAUUUUGGCUUGGAAAAGAGGUAAUGACAGACAAAGCAUCAUUAAAAAUAGCCCCUAAUGUUCUUGAAAUGCUACAUGAAGGUGUCGGUUUAAAUACAACUGGCGAAGUCUAUAGACAGUUAUCCACAUCAAUACCUGAAAUUUCUGGAAGCCCUACUGAGUCAGCAAUCCUCUCCUGGGUCGUGUUUGAUUUGGCUAUGGAUAUUGAUGAGCUGAAGCAAGGUCAUAAAAUUCUUCAAGUAGAAGCUUUCAACUCAGAGAAGAAACGAAGUGGGGUUUUGACGAGGAUGAAUGGAAAAAAAAUUCACGCGCAUUGGAAAGGGGCUGCGGAGAUGAUUCUGUCAAUGUGCUCAAAUUAUUACACCAAAAAUGGGAAUAUUAUACCCAUGAAUGAUGAAGAAAGAACACAGUUUGAAAUGAUUAUUAAAGAUAUGGCAGCUAAAAGCUUGCGAUGCAUCGCCUUUGGUUACAAAGAAGUUACAGAUGAAAGUGUAGAGGUCAGCAGAAAGAUUGAAGAAACUGGACUUACCUUGUUAGGGCUUGUCGGUUUAAAGGACCCUAGUCGACCAGGUGUCAGGGCAGCAGUACAAGCUUGCAGAGAUGCCGGAGUUGAUGUUAAAAUGAUUACGGGAGACAACAUCUUCACUGCAAAAGCUAUAGCAAUCGAAUCUGGGAUUGUCAAACCCAAUGAGGAUUUGAACAAUGCAGUGGUCGAAGGAGUGACAUUCAGAAAUUACUCGGACGAAGAGAGAAUGGAAAAGAUAAACACAAUCCGCGUAAUGGCUAGAUCGUCCCCAUCUGACAAGCUUCUGAUGGUAAAGUGCUUGAAGCGGAAAGGACAUGUGGUAGCGGUCACAGGGGAUGGAACAAACGAUGCACCUGCACUGAAAGAAGCAGACAUCGGACUUUCAAUGGGAAUUCAAGGCACAGAAGUGGCGAAACAGAGCUCGGAUAUAGUCAUCUUAGACGACAAUUUUACCUCGGUGGUGACAGUUUUGAAGUGGGGUCGGUGCGUAUACAACAACAUUCAAAAGUUCAUCCAAUUUCAACUCACUGUCAACGUGGCUGCCCUUGUCAUCAACUUCGUCGCAGCAAUAUCGUCUGGUGAAGUUCCGCUAACAGCAGUCCAGCUACUGUGGGUGAACCUCAUAAUGGAUACUUUGGGGGCCUUAGCACUAGCCACCGAGCAACCAACUAAUGAUCUAAUGACAAAGCAACCCGUGGGUCGAACUGAACCACUUAUAACAAAGAUCAUGUGGAGGAACCUCAUUGUUCAGGCCUUGUAUCAAAUAACUGUUUUGCUGAUCCUAGAGUUCAAGGGAAGCACAAUCUUUGGCGUGAACAAGAACGUCAAGGACACACUCGUGUUCAAUAGUUUCGUCCUGUGCCAAGUUUUUAACGAGUUCAAUGCAAGGAAGAUGGAGGAGAAGAAUAUAUUUAAGGGGAUAGUUAAGAACAAACUUUUUCUAGGCAUUAUUGGGAUGACAGUAGUCCUUCAAGUGGUCAUGGUGGAGUUUCUAAAGAAAUUUGCCGAUACUGAGAGUCUGAAUUGGGGGCAAUGGGUCGCGUGCAUUGUGAUUGCUGCAAUGUCUUGGCCAAUAGGUUGGCUUGUCAAGUUCAUUCCAGUAUCAAGUAAACAGUUUCUCAGCCUUCCCACACAAUAGAUCUUCUGUGACAUAAAACAAAUCAGGUAUCAUAUUAGAGGUUUGCAAACCUUCAGUUCUUGUAAAUAUUGAUAAACUACAAGGGCCCAUAGCUUUGGGUCUUAAAUAAAAG